AUGGUGUGUCGUCAUUUUUGUCUGCUCGUAGCAGCAUUAGCAGCGACUGUCAUAGCGUCGGGGGAGGAAGCUGUGUCCAAUCGAUGGCUUGAUGGAAAGCACGGGAAGAGUCGGUUCUUGUCUAAUAGCUACAAUGAAAGCAGUAGCAAGACAGACGUAAAAGUUGUGGAAGAGGAGGUGAGCAGGAGCGACAGCAUCAACACUGACGAAGAAGAACAGAUAGUUCCUGAGCAGGAUACGAAGAAGACUGACAAGGCCGAUAAAAAGAGCGACAAGACGGAGAGUGACAAGGACGAUGAAAAGGUUGACAAGACGGAGAAUGAGAAGGACGAUGAAAAGGUUGACAAGACGGAGAGUGACAAAGCCGAUGAGAAGGUUGACAAGACGGAGAGUGACAAGGACGAUGAAAAGGUUGACAAGACGGAGAGUGACAAGGAUGACAAAAACAGUGACAAGACGAAGAGUGAGUCAGCUGCCGAUUCUGAAGAGCAGAAAGAGGUGACGGACAAGGAGGUGGUUGCUGUACCGCCCUCUUCUAGUUUGAAUGGAAACGAGGAAGAUGCUGUUGUAGAUGAGACGGUCCUGGGCUUGGAACACGGCUCGAACGACGGCUCGAAAGUUCCUGAGAAGGACACGAAGAAGACUGACAAGGCCGAUAAAAAGAGCGACAAGACGGAGAGUGACAAGGGCGAUGAAAAGGUUGACAAGACGGAGAGUGACAAGGGCGAUGAAAAGGUUGACAAGACGGAGAGUGACAAGGGCGAUGAAAAGGUUGACAAGACGGGGAGUGACAAGGGCGAUGAAAAGGUUGACAAGAAGGAGAGUGACAAGGGCGAUGAAAAGGUUGACAAGACGGAGAGUGACAAGGCCGAUGAAAAGGUUGACAAGAAGGAGAGUGACAAGGGCGAUGAAAAGGUUGACAAGACGGAGAGUGACAAGGGCGAUGAAAAGGUUGACAAGACGGGGAGUGACAAGGGCGAUGAAAAGGUUGACAAGAAGGAGAGUGACAAGGGCGAUGAAAAGGUUGACAAGACGGAGAGUGACAAGGCCGAUGAAAAGGUUGACAAGAAGGAGAGUGACAAGGGCGAUGAAAAGGUUGACAAGACGGAGAGUGACAAGGGCGAUGAAAAGGUUGACAAGACGGGGAGUGACAAGGGCGAUGAAAAGGUUGACAAGAAGGAGAGUGACAAGGGCGAUGAAAAGGUUGACAAGACGGAGAGUGACAAGGCCGAUGAAAAGGUUGACAAGAAGGAGAGUGACAAGGGCGAUGAAAAGGUUGACAAGACGGAGAAUGAGAAGGCCGAUGAAAAGGUUGACAAGAAGGAGAGUGACAAGGACGAUGAAAAGGUUGACAAGACGAAGAGUGACAAGGGCGAUGAAAAGGUUGACAAGACGAAGAGUGACAAGGGCGAUGAAAAGGUUGACAAGACGGAGAAUGAGAAGGGCGAUGACAAGGUUGACAAGACGGAGAGUGACAAAGCCGAUGAGAAGGUUGACGAGAAGGAGAGUGACAAGGAUGACAAAAACAGUGACAAGACGAAGAGUGAGUCAGCUGCCGAUUCUGAAGAGCAGAAAGAGGUGACGGACAAGGAGGUGGUUGCUGUACCGCCCUCUUCUAGUUUGAAUGGAAACGAGGAAGAUGCUGUUGUAGAUGAGACGGUCCUGGGCUUGGAACACGGCUCGAACGACGGCUCGAAAGUUCCUGAGAAGGACACGAAGAAGACUGACAAGGCCGAUAAAAAGAGCGACAAGACGGAGAGUGACAAGGGCGAUGAAAAGGUUGACAAGACGGAGAGUGACAAGGGCGAUGAAAAGGUUGACAAGACGGAGAGUGACAAGGCCGAUGAAAAGGUUGACAAGACGGAGAGUGACAAGGGCGAUGAAAAGGUUGACAAGACGGAGAGUGACAAGGGCGAUGAAAAGGUUGACAAGAAGGAGAGUGACAAGGGCGAUGAAAAGGUUGACAAGACGGAGAGUGACAAGGCCGAUGAAAAGGUUGACAAGACGGAGAGUGACAAGGAUGACAAAAACAGUGACAAGACGAAGAGUGAGUCAGCUGCCGAUUCUGAAGAGCAGAAAGAGGUGACGGACAAGGAGGUGGUUGCUGUACCGCCCUCUUCUAGUUUGAAUGGAAACGAGGAAGAUGCUGUUGUAGAUGAGACGGUCCUGGGCUUGGAACACGGCUCGAACGACGGCUCGAAAGUUCCUGAGAAGGACACGAAGAAGACUGACAAGGCCGAUAAAAAGAGCGACAAGACGGAGAGUGACAAGGACGAUGAAAAGGUUGACAAGACGGAGAGUGACAAGGGCGAUGAAAAGGUUGACAAGACGGAGAGUGACAAGGAUGACAAAAACAGUGACAAGACGAAGAGUGAGUCAGCUGCCGAUUCUGAAGAGCAGAAAGAGGUGACGGACAAGGAGGUGGUUGCUGUACCGCCCUCUUCUAGUUUGAAUGGAAACGAGGAAGAUGCUGUUGUAGAUGAGACGGUCCUGGGCUUGGAACACGUCUCGAACGACGGCUCAAAAGUUCCUGAGAAGGACACGAAGAAGACUGACAAGGCCGAUAAAAAGAGCGAAAAGACGGAGAGUGACAAGGGCGAUGAAAAGGUUGACAAGACGGAGAGUGACAAGGAUGACAAAAACAGUGACAAGACGAAGAGUGAGUCAGCUGCCGAUUCUGAAGAGCAGAAAGAGGUGACGGACAAGGAGGUGGUUGCUGUACCGCCCUCUUCUAGUUUGAAUGGAAACGAGGAAGAUGCUGUUGUAGAUGAGACGGUCCUGGGCUUGGAACACGUCUCGAACGACGGCUCAAAAGUUCCUGAGAAGGACACGAAGAAGACUGACAAGGCCGAUAAAAAGAGCGAAAAGACGGAGAGUGACAAGGGCGAUGAAAAGGUUGACAAGACGGAGAGUGACAAGGGCGAUGAAAAGGUUGACAAGAAGGAGAGUGACAAGGGCGAUGAAAAGGUUGACAAGACGGAGAGUGACAAGGACGAUGAAAAGGUUGACAAGACGGAGAGUGACAAGGACGAUGAAAAGGUUGACAAGACGGAGAGUGACAAGGGCGAUGAAAAGGUUGACAAGACGGAGAGUGACAAGGGCGAUGAAAAGGUUGACAAGAAGGAGAGUGACAAGGCCGAUGAAAAGGUUGACAAGACGGAGAGUGACAAGGCCGAUGAAAAGGUUGACAAGACGGAGAGUGACAAGGAUGACAAAAACAGUGACAAGACGAAGAGUGAGUCAGCUGCCGAUUCUGAAGAGCAGAAAGAGGUGACGGACAAGGAGGUGGUUGCUGUACCGCCCUCUUCUAGUUUGAAUGGAAACGAGGAAGAUGCUGUUGUAGAUGAGACGGUCCUGGGCUUGGAACACGGCUCGAACGACGGCUCGAAAGUUCCUGAGAAGGACACGAAGAAGACUGACAAGGCCGAUAAAAAGAGCGAAAAGACGGAGAGUGACAAGGGCGAUGAAAAGGUUGACAAGACGGAGAGUGACAAGGCCGAUGAAAAGGUUGACAAGACGGAGAGUGACAAGGAUGACAAAAACAGUGACAAGACGAAGAGUGAGUCAGCUGCCGAUUCUGAAGAGCAGAAAGAGGUGACGGACAAGGAGGUGGUUGCUGUACCGCCCUCUUCUAGUUUGAAUGGAAACGAGGAAGAUGCUGUUGUAGAUGAGACGGUCCUGGGCUUGGAACACGUCUCGAACGACGGCUCAAAAGUUCCUGAGAAGGACACGAAGAAGACUGACAAGGCCGAUAAAAAGAGCGAAAAGACGGAGAGUGACAAGGGCGAUGAAAAGGUUGACAAGACGGAGAGUGACAAGGGCGAUGAAAAGGUUGACAAGAAGGAGAGUGACAAGGGCGAUGAAAAGGUUGACAAGACGGAGAGUGACAAGGGCGAUGAAAAGGUUGACAAGACGGAGAGUGACAAGGGCGAUGAAAAGGUUGACAAGACGGAGAGUGACAAGGCCGAUGAAAAGGUUGACAAGAAGGAGAGUGACAAGGGCGAUGAAAAGGUCGACAAAAAGGAGAGUGACAUGGAUGAAAGCAGCGUGAGCACCUUAGGGGAGGGCAAUGAGAUUGAGGAAGUGGAUCACAAGUUGCAUAAAAAGAAUUGGAUUAGCGAAGCUAUCGACAGGAUGACUAACGGGACGGACGAGCAUGCUAAGAAAGACAUAAAGAACGCCCGCACGAAUGUCACGCACUCGACACCUGCUAAUACUUUGAAUGGUAAGUGGGAUGAAGGGCCGACCCAGGUGUCUGAUGACAAUGUCACGAGCGACGACAAAAAGAAGAAGGACUCGAGUCACGAUACCGUUGGCAUCAUUUCUAGUGAUGUUGGUGAUACGAAUGACUAUGUUGACGCGCACGAGCACGAAAAGGCUAAAAAUGCUACAGAAGACACCCCUGAUAGUACCGCAAGCACGACGAAGGAUGCAGUUGGAAAUGUGAAUGACACGGCAAAGAUAGAGCAGCAGCAGCUGGACGACAAGAGUGUUGCUUUUGCUAGUGAGACUGCUGAGAAUUCCAGUCAUAUGAUUGAGUCCGCUAUAGGCUUCGGUGCGUUUGUGGGUAUCGUUGCUGUGGCAUUAGCGUUCACGGUUCGACUUGUUCGUGCGCGUGGUGGCAGCGGAGCAAACGAAGAUGAAGCUGCCGUGGCCAUGGCUGCUGAAACCAGCGGUGACGAUGAUACGUCAGAAGACGAGGACCUGGAAAUUGGCACGCUCGUGGAGGAUGAGCGUGUGGAUACAAGGAAUGACGACGAAGAAGAGGAGGAAGGUACGUUUGAGGGAUCUGGAUAA